AACUUGAUAAAAAUAAUUCUAGUCGUCUUCAAAAAUAUUUAAAAAUACAUCACGAUAUGAAAGAAUUUGGAAUGUACAUUGAUCAAACCGAACGAAACUAUUUAAUAGAAGCUUAUUUAGAUGUUGGUGAAUUAAGUAAAGCACGAAAGAUUUUCGAUGAAAUCUGUGAAUUGAAAGCUCCUCUUGGGAAAAGAAUUUGCCCUUAUUGUCCCGCUUUUAAUAUGAUGAUACAGGCUUAUGGAAAAAGUGCAUUUACAUUUGAAGAUAAUCUUCAAGAAAUAACAUUUUUAUAUUCUUUGAUGCACGAAAAACAAGUAAUGCCUAAUAUUUUGACAAAAAAUAUUCUCACUGAAAUUUUCAAAACUUGCUUAAAUCAUGGGGCUAUACCGUGGUUUAACGAACUAAUGGAUAUGGAAUUGGUUGAUUCUGGAUUAACAAAAGAAGUUAUAGCUAUACUCCUCAAAAAUCAAAAAUUGGAUGAAGCGUUUCAAAUAUUUAAAAAAAUGAAGUCGAUUAAUCUAAUUCCAAAUAUAUACACUUAUAACGCGUUGAUUCAUGCUCUUGGUAAACAAGGGAGAGUUAAUGAAGCAUUGGAUGUGAUUCAAGAUAUGGAAUCAGAACAAUUAGAUCGUGAUACUGCAUCAUAUAAUGUAUUAAUAAGAAUUUAUAGUCUUUCAAACAAUUACGAGAAAAUGCAUCAACUUGUUGACGAAAUGUUAAAAAUAGAUAUAGCACCUGACGUAAGGACAUUUGGAGAGUUAAUAAAUGUAUACGCAAAAUUAGGAAAAGUCAAUUCGGCACUUAGCUUAUUACAUAAAAUGAUAAAUCUUGGAAUUCGACCUAAUGCUCAUAUUUACACAUCGUUGAUUGAACUUUUUGUAAAUGUAAAUGAUACUGAAUCUAUGGAUAAAGUUUUCCAUAAUAUGAUAACUGACGGUAUUGUUCCUCAAGAAAUAACCUAUUAUAUGUUAACCGCUGGAUAUUGUAAUGCAGAUAAUGUAUAUAAAGCAUUUCGCAUCUGUCGAAUCAUGUUGGAGGCAGGGAUAGAACCGACAGUUCGUAUAUAUAAUGCUUUGAUAUCGCUUUUUGCAGAGCGUGGAGAUCCUUCUAGCGCAUAUCUAUUGUUUAAUGAAAUGCGAACUUAUGGUUUGACACCAGAUGUGUACACCUACAAUUCACUUAUACAUGCUAAUGUUAAGUCUGGUGAUUUACGUAAAGCCGAAGAUACAUUGAUGCACAUGGAAUUCGCUGGAAUAAAGCCACAAUCCACUACUUAUAACAUUUUAUUACAUGCAUACGUGGAGAGAAAGGAUAUGGAUCGUGCAAGAGAAAUUUACAAUGAAAUGUUAGAAUCGUUAAUACACCCUGAUAAUUAUACUUUUU